CAUGACAGCCCAAGAGGCCCCCAAGAGCGCCCAAGAUGGCCUCCGUAGCCGUUUUGGCUCAAGCCAUUCUGGAUCAACGGCUCAAGGGCUAACUUGUGCGCGACGCGUGCUUGCUGAUUGGCCAUCACCCUGCCAGCACAUGCCCGUGCUCAUGGCGACGUUUCCAGGCGGCGAUGUCGUCUUCGCCGAGCCGAUUAAGGACAAGAUGGCACGCCCCGGCUCCCAAGCCACAGAAAGCUUGGUCCCCACGCGGUGCCCGUCGACGGAGCUGCUGACCUUCGACCGAAUCGAUGACGGCCACGAUGCCACCGCGCCGCAGAAGGGCGGCGACGAGCCAGCGCUCCUCGAACCAGUCGUGUACCCAGGCAGGGGGUGGUCCGCGAUGGCAGCGGCGCAGAACGAGGCCCCCCUCCGGCGCCUCCGGUCCGAGGCGUAUUGGGAAUUGAAGGCCGCAUCCCGCCAGCGGACGAGGUGCGCGCCCUGGGAGAUGGGCAUCAGGCAGCGCAGCGCGCUCUUCGAGGAGGACCUCCGCGGGACGGCUGCGGCCGCGAUGCCCGCGCCGGAAGACGCCGAGGGCGGCGGCGAGGGCGCCGCCGAGGGCGCCACGUGCUGGGCGGGUGCCAUCUCCCGGGAGCUGCGCCGCAGGGUGCGCGGGCCCGCGCCGCGGCCCCGAGCGUCUGCGGCCGCCCCCCCGACGGCACGGGGCCGCUCGUGCAGCUGCGCCUGAGGCCCGCUACGCAGGGGGCCCCCGGGUGAGCUUGACGAUCGCCGUGCCGUGAAUGAGGACCUGGUCGCGAACCGAGCGACCACGGCAGAGUAUUUUUCAAGCUGAUUGCCUGCAUGAUCAGCAGCAUACCCUAUGAAUGACGAGUGCCUGGUCGCGAACAGGGUGGCCACGGCAGCGGGGCAAGAUCUGUUUCUUUCAGGACUGUGCGCAUGUCGUUUCUUCUGACAGGUUCAGCAAACAGAAACAACUAGUUGACCUUGACAGAAAUGGAUCUUGACCCAGGAAUCAGAAUGUUCGCGCGCGUCCAAUCCGCGUGGCUUUUGAAAUGACCUUCAAGAGUUUCAAGACAUUGUUUGAAAAGAGGUCCGCUCGGAAGGCAUUGGCUUUGCUAGCAGACGUCGGCGCAGAGGUCUGGACAGCUUGGGUUGAGCUGUUUCAGUUGAGGUUGCUGCGCAGUCGGCAGCGCUUCGUUUUUUAUGUGUUUUCUUGUUUUGUGUUUGUUUUUCCCCUGUGGUGGGUGAUGCAAGGGUUUUUUUCGUGGCGCCCUUGAUGCAGUCAAGCAGCGCACCGCCUGGACCCCUUACUUGCGCCCCGCAAACGGGCUCCGCCCGCAGUCCAGGAGUGCGAUGGCGGCGUGCGAAACUGCUGGAGCAUGGCGCACAUGCACACCCGUAUUCAAUGUCUGCUUGCGGCUGAGCAGAGUUGGCUCGCGUUUCCCAGAUUGGCCUCGAAUGUACAGGAUGACGCGUCGCUUCAAUUUCGCAGGCUUGAGGCCGUACGGGGCAAGGAAACACGUAUUCAGCCUGGUCUGUAGAGAUGUGCAUAUUUUGGAAGGCGGUGUGUUGCGGGUGGGAUGGGUGGGGGACGUGGCGGAACAGACCCAACCACACGCGUUCGCCGGACAGUGGUUUCGCGAGGGGUUUGCGUUGCAGCCUUAUUGGAAGCAAUGUGGGCCAACAUGGCUCCUUUACAUGUCUCGGGUUUCCUAACUCUGGUGCAUGCGCUGGCGUCCAUAUGCGAUCGUUCACCGCUGAAGAGCUUUAUAGCGUUGAUAAGAGGCAUCUAUAGGAUGACCCUUCAGACGCACCUUUUUACCGCAUCGGUAGUUGGCAUGUGGCGCUCUCUUGGCGGUUGCACUGGAAGGUUUACCAGAGCCUGGCUGGAUCACAACGACGUCGGUGACGGGGUUGGCGGCGUAUGUAUGAAUGCCACUUUUUUGGAUUUGGCGCGCUGGCCCAGGUCGGCGCGCCCCCGAGGAAUGCAGCGUGCAUGCUGGAUUACCUUUGAAUUGGAUUUUUCAAACCGCCCUCUGUGCGCAAAGCUGCCUCGAGUGUGGCCAGGGAUGGCGACGCUCCUGGCGCAUGCGCUUGCCUAUCGCAGCUCCAGCCACGUCGACCAGGGGCCUCUCCGCCGAAGAA